GCCGACACCAGCCGGGACGGCUUUUCUGCCGCCCAGCGUUAUUUCGACUUCGCAGCUUCAAUGUCAGCACAACACAACACAACACAGCACAACACAAAAUACCAAACACAAAACACAACAGCAGACGCGACAACAUCACCCGCUUCUCUUUUUCAUUGCUUCCCGCCCUUCCCUUCGGUAACUCUGCCUCGCUAGACCACCUCUCCCUUGAUUGCUCACAACGAUUCUGCCUCCCUGCAUUGUUUGGCUUCAUGGAUCCGGACGCGUGCGGCAAGCUGCAGACGCCUCCUCGCUUAGCGCCUGCAAUAUGAAUGUCAACAAGACCUUUCCCAGGAAUGCCACAACGUGUCACAGCACAACAAUAAAUGCCCACACCAGCAUUUCCCGAGCCGGAAUAAAGAGAACCAUUGAUGAGUUUCAAGAAAAACAGAGCGGUGGUAAGAGCGUUCUUGGCGAUAUCACGAACAGAUCGGAGUUUCGUCGGCCCGCGCUCCCUACCAAUGGUCCCAAGCUCUUGAAAGCGGGCGAAAUUCGUGAUGUUAUUGAUCCUCAAGGUCCCUCGGAAUACUCACAACGGAGAACUCUCGCACUCACUCCGUCGGCGAAGUCAAACCCGUUACUGGAUCUAUCUCAUCCAGCCUACGGUUUGCCAACACAGUUGACCCAAAACCUUGCUUUGCUUGGCAUAAAGUCAAUCUACCCAUGGCAAUCCGAAUGUCUUUUGAGAAGUGGCGCCCUGGACGGGGAAAUAAACCUUGUUUAUACUGCCCCGACUGGAGGUGGAAAAUCCCUCGUUGCUGAUGUAUUGAUGCUGAAAAAGAUUAUCGAGCAUCCUGAAAAGAAGGCCUUGUUGGUUCUGCCCUAUGUUGCACUUGUCCAGGAGAAGCUGAGAUGGUUGAGGAAAGUUGUAGAGAGUUUGUCUAAAUUGACAGAAAACUCUGAUAACAAUCAACGACCAACUCUCUACCGGACUCGUGGCGACGAAAAUUUAGUGAAGGUUGUCGGGUUCUUUGGUGGAAGCAAGACGAAAACUACAUGGCAUGAUAUGGACAUUGCUGUUUGCACGAUUGAAAAGGCAAAUUCGCUGGUGAAUACUGCCAUUGAUGAACACAACAUCAAGAAUCUUGGCGUGGUUGUCAUGGAUGAACUUCAUAUGCUCGAUGAUGAGGGCCGGGGUUACAUCCUCGAACUAAUGGCUACAAAGCUCUUGAGCCUUAGCCAAAAUGUUCAGCUGAUUGGAAUGAGCGCUACUCUGAAUAAUGCGGAAUUGCUCGCAAAGUGGCUUGACAAUGCGAAGUUCUAUAUCUCCAGAUAUCGUCCUGUUCCAGUUGAAGAGCAUCUUGUGUUUGACAAUGCAAUUUACCCGGCUUCGAGCUCAACAAGAUUCUUCAAAACAGCCACCCAGCUGAAUGCUCAGACACAAGCCGAAGGCCAGACUCAACUAUCGACACAAGCAAAACCAGAACCUUGGAGAAUUAUACAGCAAUCGGAAAACAAAGAACUUUUAAAUCCUUUGAUCAAUUCGGUCAUUUCGCUUGCAAAUGAGACCGCAAGGUCAGGAUACGGUGCAUUAGUAUUCUGCAGUAGUCGGACAGGCUGUGAAAGAGAUGCCGAGCUGAUCAGUAUGGCUUUACCACAGCCCUAUGAGGUUGAUACACUGAUAAUGGACCGUCGAACAGAACUUCUCAAUGAUCUGAGAAGUACGCCUACUGGUCUGGACCAGGUGCUGGAGAGAACGGUGCCAGUCGGGGUUGCAUUUCAUCAUGCCGGCCUGACAACUGAAGAACGCGAUCUUAUUGCAACGGCGUACGAUCAGGGUAUCAUCAAGGUCAUUGUUGCAACGUGUAGUUUGGCAGCAGGAAUUAAUCUUCCAGCGAGAAGGGUCAUUCUUCACGGCGCUCGGAUGGGUGCUGAUUUGGUGGGACCAUCUAUGCUCAGACAAAUGAGAGGGAGAGCUGGGCGGAAAGGUAAAGAUGAGAUUGGGGAAACCUAUCUCUGCUGUCAAAAAAGCGAUCUGGAGGAUGUCGCCGAGCUCAUGGAAGCCGAGCUCCCAAGUGUGGAGAGCUGUCUUGUUCCCGAUAAAAGGGGCAUCAAGAGAGCCUUAUUAGAAGUUAUUGCCACGAAACUAGCUUCGGAUGAUGAAUCCAUUGACGACUACAUGAAAAAGACACUCUUAUAUCACUCAAUGGACCACGAAGAAUUAGCUAAAAUGGUGGAAUCAACAAUGCAGGAUCUAGAGGGAGAUCAACUGGUCCAACGGACUAAUGAAUCCGGCUUCAAAGCUACUCUCCUGGGUGAAGCUAUAGUAGCAUCCUCUUUAACACCAGAAGACGGGCUUUUCAUCCACCGAGAGCUCCGCAAGGCUCUACAAGCGUUCGUCAUGGACGGGGAAAUGCAUGUUCUCUACUCUUUUACCCCAGUUCAAGCUGCGGUGACAAAUAUCAAUUGGCGAAUUUUUCGGAAGGAGAUGGACGGAUUUGACGAGAGUAAUCUGAGAGCCAUGGAUUUCGUCGGACUGAAACCCUCUAUCAUUAACAAGAUGGCUCACGGCGGCACAAUGAAAGAGACCACCCCUCAAGAGAUUGAAACGGCCCGUAUUUACAGACGUUUCUACUUCGCUCUACAACUCCGCGAUCUAUGCAACGAGGUUCCCAUCCACACCGUAGCUCGUAAAUACGAUAUUCCACGAGGAAUAGUCCAGAACCUAGCACAGACAUGUCAUGGCUUCGCAGCUGGGAUGAUCAAGUUCUGCGAGCGGAUGAACUGGGGAGCUCUAGCAGCUGUACUUGAUCAUUUUUCUGACAGAUUGAGAGCUGGAGCCAAAGCAGAUCUCCUAGCACUAGCAGAAAUCACCUACAUAAAAAGCCGAACAGCUCGAGUCUUCUGGGAAAACGGAUUCAAAACAGUCGCAGCUAUAGCUGCUGCAGAUGUCAAGGAUAUCUGGCCUGUCUUGCUCCAGGCACAGCCAAAGAAAUCGAAGCUUCCACCUGUGGAGGAGGCCAAAUACCGCGAAAAGCUCAUAACCAAAGCGAACACGAUCUCUGCGUCCGCGACGAGACUAUGGGAAAAACAGAUGCGAGAGGAGCUCGAGGAGGAAAUGGAGUAUUAGGUUGGCUCCACAUACACGACAAAUUACAUAUAGCUAGCGCUCUGAUUUCCGCAAGUAUCACAUAUCUUAUUCGGAGAGCAUUAUUGAUAGGCCCCACGCAGAUAGUCUUUCUAGGUAGCAGAGAUAUCAACAUAUCCCAGAAAUUCCCUGCGCCAGUACGCUUCCUGCUAGCGUGCCAGAGACCUCCCCACACGUUGAACAAAAUUCACAGAAGUCAGGAUACACCAACCAAAACGACUUGUUCAAUCUACGAAGCCCUGGUCAUCAGAACACUUCUCCUGAAACCCUCCCAUCCUCCAAGAUGUCGACCAGAACCUCCACCCUCCCCUCACCAGCUAUCCCCACCCCUCUCUCACCAUCCACCUCAUCCACCCCCAAAAACCUUACCCUCUUCACUCUCCUCCCGUCACCAUUCCCAUCCCCAACCCCAUCUCCACUCCUCAAAGUCCUUCCACCCCUCAAGAUCCCCACAAUCACAACCACAUUCCUCCUCUUGGCCCUCUCCUUCGCUACCCAUUCCCUCCUCUCCUGCUCCGUACACCUCUGGAAAUACCACUGUAGCAUAUCUCUCCUCGAACGCCAAAGCCCGCUUAGAACCAAUAGGAAAAUGGAGAUGAAUACCAAGCCCCCAAUGUGAGGUUGAUGGUCCUGGAGCCAGGCUUCGAUCUUGGUGCUUUGGAGUGUAAUGAAGCUCAUACCCUGGGAGGGGGUUGCGGUGAGGUCGCUUGGGGCUUGAGCUCGUAUGGCUGAGGAGACGGUAGUGUUGGUGAUGUUGAGAGGUGCGCCGGCUGAGAGGAAGUGCAUGGUUGAUUGAGGGUGUGGCAUUUCGAGAGAGGUCAGGCUGUUGAGGUCCUGGUUUUGGAGAAGGCCUUCGUGAGGAUUUCAGGGAUGUCUGGAUCUUAAAAACCAGAGGCAGUAAACCGGGCGUCGGAAUCUGCUGCGACCUAGAAAGAGUGUCGAGGUGGUAACGCUAUUUUGUAUUCCUUUAAGUGAUACCGGAAUCGCAUAUUCACUCUUCCUCCCUCUUGUGUAAACAAUAGUUACCUUAGAACCGUUGGAGGGACGUACACUGUACGUGGGAGUGAGCGUCAAAUCAUGGCUAGCUCAUGCUAAGCGUAGGCACUAAAAAUCAAGCAGAAUGGGACAUUCCGGUCAACAAUGGCGGUUUUGCGUUGGAAUGAUAAAAGCUUGGUAUAGUGACGGAAGUGUGGAUUUACUAUGAUGGUAGGAGCGAAGCGGGCCGUUUCGCUACCAUGGAUCCUUCCCACUCUGUUAUUCGAUUCUCGCUCCACUAAAGAGAGCGUGGAAUGGAGUCGCUUCAGAUCAAAGAUAAAACAAUGUAGACGGAAUCUUGAUAAUUCCUAACACAAGUCCAGCCUACCAAGACCUCGAGGCAAGCAUCCCAUACCAAGUCUCGCUUAGGCCAAACAUCAAGUCAGAUCCUACUCAACAAACUCACGGUCACCUACCACUUCCUAACCUGUUCUUCCCUCCGAACAGGAUUAAUCUUUAUUAAAUGGCCUGGUUUCUUUGAAUAAUUAACACAGAAC